CGUCCUUCCAAGGAAUCAGAGGGUGUCUGUUUGCGCAGGCGCUGUGGGGAUCCCCCGUGGCACUGGGCACUAAGGCGCCCUGGGGUCGAGUCAUGCGCGAAGGAGUGGGGCUUCUGCAGGGAGCCUCAGUUUCUCAGCAGCCAACGGAGUCUCCGAGAGCCUCCAGGAUGGUCGCUUUGGCGGGAAUCCACCACGCGCCCGGCGGCCUCACUAGGGCCUGUUUGCGCAGGCGUGCGGGGCGGAGUCAGCGUGAGGGGGCGGAGCUUUGGGAAGGAGCCACAGUUCCUUAGGCUCCGGCAGAGAGGGCGGAGUCGAAGGCGGAGCGCGGCGGCCAUGCAGGCAGCAGACGCAGGCGCAGGCGGUGCGGCGGGCGGUGCCGAGAGCCAGGACCGCGAGGGUGGCCACGGCCUCCACGGCGGUGCAGGCGCGGCGACCGCUGCAGCCGGGGGAGCUCCGCGUGUUACGCGAGCACAGCACGCCCCAGGGCCAGGUGGAGACGCCACAUCCACAGCCAGAAGGCCAGAAAGCCGACUACACAUAUUCGUCCUCAGCGUGCCUUUCCCGUCCCCCUUGGAGGCGGAGAUCGCCCAUGGGUCCCUGACCCCAGAUGCGGAACCCCACCGAGGGGCGGUUCGGAAGGAGCUCACAGUGAUUGGCAGCGUCCUGGCGGUCCGCUGGAAAGCUGAAGAUUCUCGCCUCCUCCGAAUUUCCAUCAUCAACUUUCUUGACCAGCUUUCCCUGGUGAUGCGGACCAUGCAGUGCUUUGGGCCCCCUGUUUCCCGCUAAGCCUGGGCUGGGAAAGGGGGCUAAGGUCUAACCUCCUGUCCCUUCCAAGGCAGUGCAUCUUUCCUAGGCGGAAGAUUGCUGCAGUCGCUGCCACUUUAUUAUGGGGCCCUGAUGUUUUGCUUUUACUGGCCUUUGGGCACUCAGGGUCCACUUGUUUCGUUUGGUGAUUCAGUGUUCAUUACAGCAGAAAAUAAAACUGAGCAGCUA